GUUUCCAAAGAGACGAGCGCGACCGCAGAUGAAGUCCAGGCGGAGGCGGCGGCCAUCUUGGAUGAGAUGGCUCAUCGCUUGCAGCUCAGCACCGUUCGCUUCUUUGCCUUCACACUCAGCAAAGUCUUCAAAACGUUGUUCAGGAGCAUCUGUGUGAAUGAAGAGGGCAUCCAGAGACUCCAGCAGGCCAUUCAGGAGCACCCGGUAGUUCUGUUACCAAGUCACCGAAGCUACAUGGACUUCCUGUUGAUGUCCUACAUCCUGUACACCUAUGAUUUAGCUCUACCUGUCAUCGCUGCUGGCAUGGACUUCAUGGGGAUGAAGAUCGUUGGUGAGAUGCUGCGGAUGUCCGGAGCCUUCUUUAUCCGCAGGUCGUUUGGUGGAGACCAGCUGUACUGGGCGGUCUUCUCCGAGUACGUCAGAGUCAUGGUGAAGAUUGGAUUCGCACCAGUCGAGUUCUUCCUGGAGGGAACCAGGAGCAGAACAGCCAAAUCUUUAACUCCUAAGCUGGGGCUGCUGAACAUCGUGAUCGACCCGUUCCUGAAAGGAGAAGUGUUCGAUGUGAGCCUGGUCCCGGUCAGCAUCAGCUACGAGAGGGUCCUGGAGGAGGCGCUUUACGCCAGAGAGCUGCUGGGGGUCCCCAAGCCCAAAGAGUCCACCUCUGGUUUGUUUAAAGCCCGCAGAGUUCUCAGGGAGGAUUACGGCAGUAUUCACGUGUAUUUUGGUCAGCCCGUGUCUGUCAGAAGUUUAGCUGAGGGACGUGUCAAUCGCAGCCGCUUCAACCUGGUACCAAGGCACAUCCCCAGGAAGCCCGGAGAGGAAAUCUACAACUUUGUGAACGAGUCGGCCUACAGGCUGGUCCGGGCCCAGGAGGAGAACAUGGUUCUGAAGCCCUGGGUCCUCCUGGCCUGCCUGCUGCUGCAGAACCAGGCUGCAGGGGACAAACGAGGGACUCCUCUGGAUGAGCUGACCCAAAGAGCCGUGUGGCUCAGAGACCUGUUCCGGCAGUUUGGAGCCUUCCUUCACUGGCCCGACCACACGCUUCCCUCUGAGGUGGUUUCCUCCAGUCUUUCUCUCCAUCGAGGUCUGGUCCGGAUCUCUGAGGGCCGGGUUCUGCUGGCGUUAGAACCAGCAGGACCUGAKGCAGAGAGGCCUCAGGCUGCCCUGACACCAGAGGAGGAGCUGUUGAAUCGCAGCGUCAUCAUCCUGUCCUGCGCCUCCUACAGGAACCAGGCGCUUCACGUCUUCGUGKGACCGGCGCUGCUCGCCUCAGCGAUCCAAACCUCUUCCUCCAGCAGUAAACACGAAGUCUUCAACAGCUUCAGCUUCCUGAGGAACAUGUUCUCCAACGAGUUCAUCCUGACGCCUGGAGCUACGGUGCAGGACUUUGAAGAAGCCUGCUACCUGCUGGUGAAGAGCGGCGCUCUGCAGAUCAACCAGCAGGAGGUGCUGGUGACGGACAGAGGACAGAAAACACUCAGCUUCCUCACAAACAUCUUAGAUCCUUUUCUACAAGGAUACCAGAUUGUGUGCAGGUUCCUGUGUGAGGGGGACUCUGAGGAGACUAAGACAUGCCGAGGUUUUGUCGUCGGACCUCCAGAAGAACGCUCUGGCAGCUCUGCUGAGGCUCGGAGCCGUUCACAAACUCAGAGGAGGGGCGGAGCUAAAGGUGGACAAGGRGAUGGUGAACUCCCUGGAGGACACUCUGGGAGGGAAGCUGCCGACCCAGAAGGUUCCGGUGGCUCGGCUCUGAUUCUGGACCGGGUCUCCUGACAGAAGAACCUGGAGACAGCACCACCCAGUCCUCCUUUGUCUUCUGGUUCUUCAGAGUCCUGAGGAGAGGAGCAGCUCAGACACUGAACUCAUCAUUCAUUCAUAUUUGUCCAAUCUAACACUCCUUUGUGUUUGUUCUUUUAUCUGAGCUUUAUUUUUUACUCUUAUCUUUAUUUUUUAUUCUUAUCUUUAUUUUUUGUUCUUCUGAGCACUUUUCUUCUUGAACUCGUGCAGCGUGCUGUGGACCUGUAACGUCACUAAA